GAAUUAAAUUCCAUCUGCCAUUUUCUGGCCCAUUUUUCCAGUUGGUCAUGAAGAACUAGAAUACAAGGGAAUAGAAGUCACGUUAAAGCAUCACAAAGCCCUGGUUAGACCACACCUGGAGUGUCAUAGAAAAGCUAGGGCACAGAAGGGAGGCCACUUGGCCCAUCGUGUCUGUGCUAGAGUACUGUGAUCAGUUCUGAGCACCGCACCUUAGAGAUACGUUAACCUUUUGGGGGAUAGGUUUACUAGAAUGAAAGCUGGGCCCCCUAGGGUUAAAUUGAGGAGAGAUUUCACAAAAUAGAAUUGUAUUCCCUGGAACUUGGAACAUUAAGGGGUGAUUUGAUCAAACUUUCCAGGAUAUUAAUGGAACAAAAGGAUAGGUUUCUAAACUAUAUUUCUGCGGCUUGGAAAUCUAGGACUAUGGACACAAUCCAACCUUGCAGGAGUGAAGGACCACCCUGCCACAUACAAUGUCCACGCCAGGUUUGAGAAACACUCUCUUCAUCCACCUACUGGUGGCCAUGUUUGGGAUGGGGUCUUGGGUCGCAGUGAACUCCUUGUGGGUGGAGCUUCCAGUGGUGACAAAGACCCUUCCUGAAGGGUGGAAUCUGCCAGCCUAUUUGACAGUGCUGAUCGCCUUUUCAAAUGUUGGCCCUUUAUCUGUCACCCUCGUUCACAAGUUCUCCCCAGGCCUGCUGAACGAGCGUUAUGUUAUCUACUCCAUCCAAACACUGGGUGUGAUCGCCUCAGUUGCCUUGGCCCUCUCCUGGGAUCAGACUGGGCCAGUUGGUGGGGAGCAGCACAGCAUUGCAUUCUUGACCCUUGCUUUUGCCCUGGCCUUCGUCUGCUGCACCUCCAAUGUCACCUUCCUGCCUUUCAUGUUCAGCCUCCCACCCAAGUACAUCAGGACCUUCUUUGUAGGCCAGGGCCUCAGUGCCCUCUUCCCAUGCGUGGCGGCGCUGGCACAGGGGGUGGGCCAGCUGGAGUGCCGCAACAGCUCGGACGCCAAUGGCUCCCACUCCCUCCAGCCACACUACCUUGAGGAGAACUUCACAGCUAGCACCUUCUUCUGUCUUCUGGUGGGGCUCAUGAUUGUUUCCCUUUUGUCCUUCGCUGGACUGACCCGAAAAGGCAACAGCAAGCAACGUGAACCUGGCAGUGGCAAGGAAUCGCGCCAUCUGACCACUGAGAGUGAGCAGGCCCCCAAACCACCGUUUUGCACGACGCGUAUCAUCUACCUGCUGAUCUUGCUGGCCGUCUCCAAUGCCCUGACCAAUGGGGUGCUGCCGUCAAUACAGACAUACUCCUGCCUGCCCUAUGGGAGCACCACCUUUCAUCUGGCAGUAGUGCUCGGGAAUCUCGCAAAUCCACUGGCUUGCUUCAUUGCUAUGUUUGCGCUCUGGAGAUCAAGUGUUGGACUGGGUGUCCUGGCCUUGCUAGGGUUGCUGUUUGGAGUCUAUAUUUUGACAAUGGCAGCGUUCAGUCCGUGUCCCCCACUUCUGGGAAAGCCUGUGGGAAUUGCUUUGAUGGUGGUCGCGUGGAUGCUGUUCACUGGGUUGUUCUCCUACGUGAAGGUGGUGAUUGGCAGCAUCCUCCAUGAAGCAGGUCAUUUGGCCCUGGUCUGGUGUGGAGCAGCCAUCCAGGUGGGCUCACUGAUAGGCGCCUUGGUCAUGUUCCCACUGGUUAGUGUCUACCAACUCUUCACAUCUGGACAGGCAUGUGUGGAUACCUGUGGGCAGUGACUGGCAGAGAAACAUUGGAUCAAACUGAAUUGAGAGGGCAUUUGCAAAUCGCAGCAAAGACCAAUUACGCUGGCAGUGGAGCCUUGAGCACGUUCUCCUUGGCAGUGAAUAACCUGAGGGUUAAACAUUUAUUUCUAUCGUUCUCUAUUUGGCCUGGAUUCUCCACCAAUCACUCCAUAAUUUUCCCAUUUAAAUUUCGUUUGCCACCUCUCUGCCCUCUGUCCUUCACAGUCUGGCGUGUCCAGCGCUACUUUUUUUAUUUCAACCCUCUCCCCAAUCCACCUGUUAGUUAGCAGCCACUUGAAGAUUGGCAUUGGCUCAGAGCAUUGAGACAGGAAGGAUUGGGGCACACAGGCUCUUUAAAUUGUAAGCCCACUUAAAAGGGAACUUGGGGAUGGUAUGUGAUGUGGUCACUCUGAUUUUUCCACUUUUAAAUGCAAAUGAUGAUUUAACAGAGAGAAGUUAUCUUAUUGAGCCGUUUAUGCUGCUGGAGGUAGGUGUUUGAUUCCGAGAAACAUGGGGGAGAAAGUGGGGCUCAACAGCAAAAUAUUCCCGUAGGCCAACAAUGGACUGCGUGCUGCAUUAAAAUGUCUGAUUUGAGGCAUUCUUUUGCCUGAGGUUAGCAGCUCCUCAACCAGUUGUGCAGGGGUUCCUGCUCCUGCUCACAUAUGUGAGCUCCCCUUUCUUACACAACCACCCCCCCCCCCCGCC